AAACCACUUUUUACAGGGGGAGGGGGACUAUCAGCUUAUCCGUUGUGUUUGUUUGUUUUCAAAGUCCAAUCUCUCCCAAACAGGCCUGCAUCUCAAAUGACACGGUCUCUAAAUUUCCAACCUUCGAACCGCUUAUACCAAUAACAUGCAAAUCCCCACAAUACCUCUAUACUCAUCUCAAAUAUUCCCGCCUAAAUCCCGCUACAUCCUGCCAAAGAUCCAUCCUUUACCACCAAAAGCUCAUCUUCUUCCACACAGCUUCUUCUGUAGAAGACGAAGAAUGGCUCAUCUUGGGGGAUUUGGUUUUGGUGUCAGAUCACAAGUCGGGGGUAGCGCUUCAAGUGGGGUUGAUGAUGGGUUCUGUACUUUUCUAGAGUAUGUGGGUAAGGGAGGAAUCGACGUGGGAGAUGAUCUGGUGGUCUUGCUUGAUCACAUACAGUAUGCUUGCAAGAGAAUUGCAGCUCUGGUGGCGUCUCCUCUCAGUUCCAGUCUUGGGAAACAGGCCAGUGUUGCCGGCAGCAGUGGCUCUGGUAGGGAUGCUCCGAAACCGCUUGAUAUCGUCUCAAAUGAAAUCAUUUUGUCAUCUCUUCGCAGUUCUGGAAAAGUUGCAGCCAUGGCUUCAGAAGAAGAUGAUGCUCCGAUCUGGUUAACUGAUGAUGGUUCAUUUGUGGUGGUAACGGAUCCCCUUGAUGGUUCUCGAAAUAUUGAUGCAUCCAUUCCAACUGGAACAAUUUUUGGAAUCUAUAACCGCCUUGUGGAACUGGAUCAUCUCCCCAAGGAGGAGAAGGCUUUGCUGAAUUCUCUCCAAACUGGAGCGAGGCUUGUCGCUGCUGGGUAUGUUUUGUAUUCAUCAGCUACAAUACUCUGCAUCAGCUUUGGUUCAGGAACACAUGCAUUUACUUUGGAUCAUUCAACCGGAGAUUUCAUCCUCACACAUCCGAGCAUUAAAAUUCCUCCUCGAGGACAAAUCUAUUCAGUAAAUGAUGCACGAUAUUUUGACUGGCCCGAAGGAUUAAAGCGGUAUAUUGACACUGUGAGACAAGGGAAAGGUAGAUACCCCAAGAAGUACUCAGCCCGUUAUAUAUGUUCUCUUGUAGCUGAUCUCCAUCGAACUCUAAUGUAUGGAGGGGUAGCAAUGAAUCCCAGGGAUCAUCUUCGUUUAGUUUAUGAGGCAAACCCUCUUAGUUUUCUUGUGGAGCAAGCUGGGGGCAGAGGUUCUGAUGGUAAAAGAAGGAUUCUUUCAAUUCAACCAGUUAAGCUGCAUCAAAGACUUCCUCUAUUUCUUGGAAGUUUGGAAGAUAUGGAAGAGUUGGAGAGCUAUGGAGAUGUUCAACAGAAAGUAAAUCCUGGUUAUGAAGUUUGACGCUGUGGAACUAGAAGUAGCGUGAAGAGUUUAGACUUGAAACAAUAGAAGCCUAGAAGAUGUCUUUCUGCUUCUUCUAAUGGUCAAAUAAUGGUCUUCUCUCUAUUUUCUUGUUCGUUUUAGAGCAUCUGAGCAGUAGGAGCAUGUGAAGAUUGUGUACAGUGUGCUCUUGUGAUCUAUGUGAUUUGUUUUCUGUGGUAAAAGUAUUCUAAUUGGACAUAUAUUUGCAAGCUUUGUCCAUUAUCAAACAGGAGCCAUGAUUAUAUAGGACAUCAUAUGGGGCCAA